AUGUUCAAACGAUCGUUCACUACCGAGAAUGGUCGCGUGGCCAAAUCAAAGUUGACUAAGAAGUCGUUUCCUGAACACGUGAAGAGGAAGAUGCAAGACAGUUUGAGCAGUCCGAAAAGUCCGCAGGGUGAGAGCCCUAUCAUCACAAUGGUGGUAGGUCGUGAUCAGCGCUUGUUCGCUGCUCACGAGGACGUUCUCUGCCGUUCACCUUUCUUUGUAACUUACCUGAAAGGCCAGUUCCUGGACGGUAAUGCAAAGCAGGUGGAGCUGCCUGACGAAGAACCCGAAAUCCUAUCCUGCGUUCUCGAAUUUCUCUACAAAGGCGAUUACUACCCUCGCUUGUUGCACGACAAGCGCCGCAAUACAUGGGAUCUCGAGAAUAACCAGGACCUAAAAUCUGGUGGUCGCGGAAAUAGCGAAUCUACAAUCUUUAUUCUGAAUGCUUGUGGCGAAGUCCUCCGUGACACUGUCGUUUACUGUGCUGCAGAUAAGUACGGCUUGGAUGAUCUGAAGAAAUUGGCUCUACGGAAACAAGGUCUUCAAUCUGGAGUCCAGGUCGAUGUUAUCCUACGCUCAGCACGAUAUGCUUAUGACCACACUCCAGACACGGAAUCGCGUCUCCGCGCUCAUUACCUUGCUCUGAUCAUCAGAAGUCGCAAGACUUUCAAGAGGAGCGGAACAAUGCAAAUGGAGAUGGAGAAAGGUGGUAAAUUGUUUUUCGAUCUGUUCGUGGCAAUGUGCAAUCAUAUCGAUGACAUUGUGGAGAUCAGCAAUAGCAGAUCGCCCAAAGUUAUCUAA